UAUUUAUUUGAAGUUUUAGAUACAGUUCCUUCAGAGUUCACAAGUAGCCCUUUAGUAGAAUUCGAAACUGCAAAUGAAAGUAUAAAGUUAGUGACUAUUGAAGCAAAUGAAGCAACUGAAUCGUUAGAGAAAAUGGAACCGGCUGAAACACAGCUCAACAAUUACGCUAAAGCUGUGGAAUUCACUUUACGUCGAAAGCGAGUAGUGACUGAUAGUAAUGGAGAAGUUCGACGACGUACAUUUGAGUGUUCAUAUUCUGGGGAAUCA